UCACAUACAUGUUUUUUUCUCGUAUAACUGGUCUCAUAAAUGUAGCAACGUCACAGCCGCGACAUCAAUAAUACUACAGUACUACUACUAAUAAUAAUAAUAAUAGUAGUACCAGAAGAAGAACAUGAUGUACUCCUGAAAGUCACUUCACUUUUACUUUGAUGUAAAGAGACUCACCUCCCAGGCACGAUAAAGGGUGAGUACACAAUUUAUCAAUCUAUAAACUGUGGUUAACUUAUUGUUACACACGUAUGCCAGUUUAUGUUGUCAAGAGGUUCCUUUAAAACACACCUGGUACAGUUAAUAAAUGUUUUAUGGUGGACAGUUUGAUCCUGGAACAGACAAAUUCUGAUUCAUUUCAAUCUGCCAACAUGUCGUAUGUUUUGCAGUUCAGCUGAUGAUCUGUCAGCGCCCUCUGAAUCCAAACAGGAGAUAAGACCAAACCCCCCGGUUGCCCUAACGACCAAUGUGACCAUUCAGAGACGUCCAUGCGCACCGGCAAGCUGGAAGUGAGCAAAUUAAGCAUGGGUGCAGGCAGGCAGCGUUUUAAUAAGAUUGUCCAGGUCAUAUAAACACAGACGCUAAGCCGUCUGUCCGUCUAAGAAGAUGAGGAGGAGGAGGAGGAUGAGGUGUCCUCUCAGUGAACGUUAAUGAGACAGUGCAGAACCACAGAGGACAGCACUGCUUUGAAGGGGGCAACAAGAGGAGCGCUUCCUGGUCGGACGGGCCGCUUAGUCUCCACUGGAGAGCGAGAGCUGCAGGAGCACCACCGGCACUGCACGGAGUAGAGACGCCGAGGAGGAGAUCCCAUCAGCGGGGUACCGCGGAGAGGAGACAAGCAAGGAGAGAGCAGAAGUACUCUGCUCAGCAUCAUUACUUUCUCUUCCCCUCAUCGGUUCAAAGAGGAUUCUCCUUCUCCUGCUGUCAAAUCACGCUGGACGAGACAUGCGCUUAUCCCACUGAGCAUAAUUGAUGCACAACUGAGUGGACAAGUGCUGUCUUUCAUCGUUUCUCCUCCCCUUCCCCUCGUUUUGCUGCUUGUCCCUCGGUUUGUGAGCAGCCAUGACAAAGUCCUACGAGUUCAACUGGCAGAAGCAUGUGCCCGAGUUCAUGCAGGAGGGCGCCUCCUUUGACAGGUUUGACGAGGACCCGUACAUCUUCGAGCCCAACUGUCAGGUGAAGGUGGACGAGUAUGGCUUUUUCAUCUACUGGAAGAGUGAGGGAAAGGAAGGCCAGGUGCUGGAGUGUUCCCUCAUCAACAGUAUUCGUGUCGGCGCUGUCCCAAAGGACCCAAAGAUUUUGUCGUCAUUUGAAGCCACCGGAAAGACAGAGGCCGACCUGGAGGGCUGCAUCAUCUGCAUCUGUAGCGGCGCUGACCUGGUCAACCUUAGCUUCAUGUUCAUGGUGGCAGAGAACCCGGACACAGCCAGGAAAUGGACGGACGGACUGCGGUCGGUGAUUCACAACUUCAAGGCCAACAAUGUGUGUCCAAUGACGUGCCUGAAGAAGCACUGGAUGAAAAUGUGCGUCCUGACCAAUGUUAAUGGCAAGAUUCCUGUGAGAGGGAUUACACGUACAUUUGCAUCAGGGAAGACGGAGAAGGGGAUCUUUCAGGCUCUCAAAGACUUGGGCCUCCCGAGCGGCAAGAAUGACGAGAUUGAACCUUCAGCGUUCACGUUUGACAUUUUCUACGCACUCACACAGAAGAUCUGUCCUCGCACAGACUUAGAGGACCUCUUCAAGAAGAUCAAUGGGAGCAAAAGUGAUUAUUUAACUGUAGACCAGUUAGUCAGCUUUCUGAAUGAAAACCAACGGGACCCCCGAUUAAACGAGAUCUUGUUCCCGUUCUACGACUACAAGAGAGCCAUGCAGAUCAUAGACAAAUAUGAGAGGGAUGAGGAGCUGAAAAAGAAAGGCCACAUGUCCAGCGAUGGCUUCUGCGGGUACCUGAUGUCGGACGAGAACGCUCCGGUUUUCUUGGACCGGUUGGAGCUUUACCAGGACAUGGACCAGCCCCUGGCACACUACUUCAUCAGCUCGUCGCACAACUCCUACCUGACGGGGCGCCAGUUUGGAGGAAAGUCGUCGGUGGAGAUGUAUCGCCAGGCCCUGCUCUCUGGAUGCAGAUGUGUGGAGCUGGACUGCUGGGACGGCAAAGGAGAGGACCAGGAGCCCAUCAUCACUCACGGCAAGGCGAUGUGCACUGACAUCCUGUUCAAGGAUGUCAUCCAAGCCAUCAAAGACACAGCAUUUGUCACAGCAGAGUUUCCGGUUAUUUUAUCUUUUGAAAACCACUGCAGUAAACCACAACAGUACAAGAUGGCCAAGUACUGUGAGGAGAUCUUUGGGGACCUCCUCCUGAAACAACCACUAGAGAACUUCCCGAUUGAAUCCGGGCGCCCCCUCCCCUCACCAAACGACCUCAGACGUAAAAUCCUCAUCAAAAACAAACGCUUGAAACCCGAAGUAGAGCAGAAGCAGCUGGAGGCCUUUAAGAAGCACAUGGAGGCAGGCGAAACCAACACCACCGCAAUCAUUAUGGGAGAGGAGAACGAGGACGACCCAGAGAAUGGAGAAAAGGAGCCCGAAGACAAGGAUGCGGCGUCGGAGGCUCCCAGCAGCCUGUCGGAGGCGGCCAGCGACAAAGAAGCCAACAGUGAUGCUCAGUCCAAUGCUGUGAACUCCAAGAAGGAUGAGGAGCGCAGCAACAGUAUCAAGAAGGUGCUUGAAGAUGACGCAACAGAAGUGUCAGAAGCUACAGAAACCGCCGAUGCCACAGAUAUCUCGGAGGCAUCUGACCCAGACAACAACAACAAGAAGGGUGGCGAGGGCUCCGAGGACAUAGAGGAGGCUCUCAUCGCUCAGUACACGUACGUGGGUGCCACCACCAACAUUCACCCCUUCCUGUCCGCCAUGGUCAACUACGCGCAGCCCGUCAAAUUCCAGAGUUUCGACGUGGCCGAGGAAAAAAACAUCCACCACAACAUGUCCUCUUUCAAUGAGUCGGUGGGGUUGGGCUACCUGAAGACCAACGCCAUUGAAUUUGUGAACUACAACAAGCGUCAGAUGAGCCGUAUCUACCCCAAAGGGGGCCGAGUGGAUUCCAGUAAUUACAUGCCUCAGAUCUUCUGGAACGCAGGCUGCCAGAUGGUCUCGCUCAACUUCCAGACCCCAGAUCUGUCCAUGCAGUUGAACCAGGGCAAGUUUGAAUACAACGGCUCGUGCGGGUAUCUGCUGAAACCUGACUUCAUGCGGCGCUCGGACCGGAUGUUUGACCCUUUUUCUGAGACGCCAGUAGAUGGUGUCAUCGCUGCUACCUGCAGUGUGCAGGUGUUCUCGGGCCAGUUCCUGUCGGACAAGAAGAUCGGCACAUACGUGGAAGUGGACAUGUACGGCCUGCCGACUGACACCAUCCGUAAAGAGUUCCGCACGCGCAUGGUGAUGAACAACGGCCUCAACCCCGCCUACAACGAGGAGCCCUUCGUCUUCAGAAAGGUGAUCCUGCCUGACCUGGCAGUGCUGCGGUUGGCGGUGUACGACGAUAACAACAAGCUAAUAGGCCAGCGCAUCCUACCGCUAGACGGCCUGCAGGCUGGUUACCGUCACAUCUCCCUGAGGAACGAGGGCAACAAGCCCCUCUCCUUGCCCACUAUAUUCUGCCAGAUCAUUCUCAAGACUUACGUGCCCGACGGCUUUGGGGCUAUUGUGGACGCUCUCUCAGACCCAAAGAAGUUUUUGACCAUCGCAGAGAAGAGAGCUGACCAAAUGAAAGCACUCGGCAUUGACACGAACGACAUCGCUGAUGUUCCAAGUGGAAGCUCCAAAAACGACAAGAAGGGAAAGGGCAAAGGAGACACAGUGAAGGCAAGUGUGACGCCUCAGAGCAGCUCAGACAUGGCUCAGACCUCCAACGCCGCCCAGAACAAUACAGCAGAGCCCAAGAAAGAUAACACAUGGGUGCCCAACAUCAGCAUUGAUGACCUCAAGCAAAUGAAGACGUUCCUCAAACUGAUGAAGAAGCAGCAGAAGGAGCUCAGCACUUUGAAGAAGAAACACUCAAAGGAUCAAAACGUCAUGCAGAAGACACACUGUGCGCAGGUAGACAAGAUGGUGUCUGUGCACGACAAGGAGAAGAACACAUUGGAGAAACUGCUUGACAAAGCCAUUAAAAAACGAGGGGAAAACAACUGCCAGGAGCUGAAGAAGGAAACCGAAGACAAAAUCCAAACGCUGGCGACUAAUCACAAAGCCAAGGUAAAGGACAUGACGGCACAGCACACCAAAGAGUGGUCGGCACUGAUCAGCAGUCACAGUGUUGAGGAGCAAGAGAUGAAGGACAAUCACGUUACUCAACAGUGUGAGCAUCUUAAGAAGUUACUGAGCAGCGUUCAGGAGCAGCAAACUGGACAACUCAAAAUCAUCCAUGAGAGGCAGAGCAAAGAGAUGCGAGCCAAUCAGGCAAAGAUGUCCAUGGAGAACAGCAAAGCCAUCAGCCAGGACAAGAGCAUCAAAAACAAGGCAGAGAGAGAGAGGAGAGUGCGAGAGUUGAACAGCAGCAACACUAAGAAGUUCAUGGACGAGAGGAAGAGACUGGCCAUGAAGCACCAGAAGGAAAUGGAGCAGCUGGAGAAAAACCAGAAAGAGCAGGUGGAGAAACUGGACAAGUUCAAUGAGCAGCUUUUGACAUCACAUCAUGCAAACAAACAAAAGCUUGCAGGUAAAGGACAUGCAGCAGAUGUCCAAGUUGGAGGAGGAGAUGGAGCGCAGACCGACCACAGUGGUCUGAGCACUUGACACCUACUUUGACACGCUGUCGUCACACAAACACACCGUAGCUACGCCCCCUUGCCAUGUCUACAACUUCCUGGUAACUCGGCCCCCCCUGCUCAUAAACACACUCACACUCACACAUUUACUGGUUUUGUACCACUGAGCCAUCAUCACAAACACACACGUUUAUAAUGAAACAACACUUUGAACAGGUGUUGGAAUGUAGUCGUCUACUUUGUGAAGGGAGCACUCGUCACCAUUUCUUUAUUCUGUUCACAUAGCUGGAAAGGACAUUAGUGGCGCCCCCUGCGGGUUGUGUUUAGAAUGCAAACUUGUCGUCUAACUUUGAAAUCAAUACACAAACGCUUAAUGAUAGUUGCUUAGACGUUUGCUUGAUUGCGGCCAUGUUUGUAACCUUGCUCAAAGUUGACAGCAUAUUCCCUAAAAACCCUUAAGUUACGGUGUCUGAGAAAUUUCAAGUCAAUCCCACUUCUGGGGUUCAAUAAGAGUGCCACCAUGUGGUGUAUUUGUCAGAAAACUAAUAGCACAGGAAACACAGUAGCGGUGCAAGUUUUGACACAUUUUCAUCCUUUUGAAGUUACAUGAUAGCAAUAUCCUCAUUCUUUCACACACUUGUACGUCUUAUUACAAUAUUUCCACAUGAUGAAAGAUCACGUUGUAUUCAAUUACUUUUUUAAAUCAUCACCUAGCAUGCAGUGUGUUUAUGAAUACAAAAUAAUGUUAAAGAAAUGACAAGAAAGUCAUGUUGAUGGUAAAAGCUACAAAAAUGGCCGCCAAUUUGGUUUUCAUCGCAUUUUAACAAAGUGCUCCCUUAAUAGCUUAGAUGCUUUAUCGGACUCUCCCACUGCCACACACACACACACACACACACACUGCUGCUUUUUAUCAAAACUUAAAUGGGUCACCAUGGCAACUGACGUCAUCAAAACCAAAUGAGUUUUUAUUUUUUUUAAUAGAAAAAGUGCAUUUACUCCACAGCUUUGCAGCUCUUGUCGUCUGUUGUUAGGAUGUUUAUUAAAUUAUUCCUUUUUGUUUUGCCAUCAAAUGCCAAAUUUAAAGGGUUAUUUAUAUGGAGAUAUACAAAUAUAAAUAAGUGAACAUAUAUAUUAUAUACGUAUAUUAGAUAUGAUGUUGUAGUUUUAACCAUUGUUUGUUGGAGGCUUUUCUUUUCUUUUUGCACUUGUUGUCCACCGCUUUGUCUUUCUCGUCGCUCCACAAGCAAGCGACUUUUACUCAAUUCUCCUCAUUUUUGCUUUUUUUCUCCUUUUAACCGUAGCGCUCAAACCAGGCAUACUGUGCAUGUUUUUUUUUUUUGUAUUUCUAUUCUUAUUAUUGUACUGUUCCUGUAACUUCUAGCAAAGAAGAUGCGGUUGUUACCCAGCUCCUUUAAUACUGUUUUAUAGUAUGUAUACCAAUAAAUGAAGGUGGAACAUCU